AUGCAUGUCAGCAUUUACCGAAAAGCUUGCACUGUUGCCGUAGAAGUAAUUAAGGAAGCAAUUUCAAUUAAGACACCAGGAUGGAAGGCCAGUACAUGUACUUUGGCUUCAUGUCUUGAGGGUUUGAAAGGUCAGGGAGAUGUGGAAGUAGCAGAAGAGCUUUUGAAUUUGGUUAUGAAACGAUGUCCUCUCAGUCCAGCUCUUUAUGACAAAUUCAAGACCAUAAUCCGAAGUGGAAAUCUGGAUGCCAGAGCGCUUGAUCAGAUGGAAGGCGAUGAUCAGGCACUUAAAUUUAGAUAA